CAAGCUUGAACUUUGAUGCUCCAGAUAUGAUGCAGAAAUGGACGAGCAGCAGCACGAAUGGACCUCCCCCGAGGACACGUCCGAGACAGAUUCUGCGGUUGGUCAUGAUUAUGCAUACCUCACUCAAUCGCUCCGGUCCAGUCUUUUAGAGUCAGUCGAGGAGAAUGGCAGAGGAUACCAUCGUUACAAGUCCAUUCUUGGAGACUCGUGGGCAAUUCCCGACGACGAACGAGAGCAAGAACGGUUGGAUCUGCAACAUGAAAUGUUCUUGCGCACUUUUGGCCGCAAGCUCCAUCUUUGUCCACUACCAGAGGACGUGAAGCAUGUCCUUGAUCUUGGGUGCGGAACAGGAAUUUGGGCCAUCGACUUCGCCGAUGAGCAUUCUGAAAGCGAGAUCAUAGGCACUGAUCUGAGCGCAAUACAGCCACAGUUUGUACCUCCUAAUUGCAAGUUUGAAAUUGACGAUUUCAACUGUGAAUGGACGUUUCAGCAGAAAUUCGACUUCAUUCAUGCCAGAGCCAUGGUCGGGACGACUAAAGACUUUCCCGCAAUGAUUCGGCAAGCUUUCAAAUCACUAAAUCCCGGUGGCUGGCUGGAAAUGACGGACGUGCUGAUGCCAUUCAGAUGCGACGAUGGAACGAUGGACGGGACAGCUCUGGAGACAUGGCUGAACCGGCAAGUAGAAUGCUGCGAAAAGCUCGGGAUAGACCUGGAUGCUCCAUGCAAGUUCAAACAGUGGAUGAUUGACCAAGGAUUCGAGGGAGUGACUGAAGUGCAAUUUAAAUGGCCAGUGGGAGCAUGGCCCAGAGACAAGAGCUCCAAGAUUCUGGGCAAGAUGACCCAAGUCAAUUUCCUCGCUGGAAUCGAAGGAUUUACGAUGCGAUUGUGGACGGGUGUGCUUGGUAUGAAGCCGGAGGAGGUUCAGGUGUUCCUUGCCAGAGUCAGAAGGGAUAUCAUGAACCCCAAAGUACAUUCAUAUUGGCCUAUAUACUCAGUAUUUGGCCAGAAACCGGUCGGAAGUGGCGAGACGGCCACAGGUUAGAGAAAAUUUAGCGGUGUGACAGGUGAUUAAAGCAAUGAUUAGGAAAUGGUGCAAGCGCAACCGGUUCAGCAUGUGAGGUAUCAGGUCUGUAUUUGCAUUGCAAGCUGCCAAAAAGUCAGCUGACUAAGAGGAAGGGAGGGCUUCGGAGGUUCGUAUCCGAUUGUACAUAUUGCUUGGCGCCGUGCAAGGUGGUUGGGUGGGCGUGGGCGUGCGUCGCCAACUUGGAAAAUAACACCCACCAACUUCACUGCAAGUUGUGACGCAAGCAUG